AUCGAGUUAAAGGCGAAGGACCAAGGGCUUCCCUGACUUUUAGAUGCGCCUGCAGACACCUACCUUUGAAGCCAUAUUGCCCGAAAUGGCUGUUACGUUAUCACUAGCCCAGCUAGCGCUGGCGAUGGCUAUUGUCAAGUCAAAACCAGGGAACCUUGACAUUCAGGACUACGCCAAGGACUUCCGUCGAUAUAUCACACCCCUGGAGGACAAACUUCAACAGGAAACUCGAGACAGGUACUUGGACGGCGCUGCCUUUUGGCAACAAGCCUACGAGAAGUCAGAGGCCGAGCAAAGCAAGCUUUUUGACCGCGUUUACGAGCUGGAGCAAAGCAACUUUGCCCUUCGUGAGAAGCUGGGGACAAAGGCUGAGGGAGAACAAGAUCCAAAGAAACGCAAAGCAGCUGGCCACAGGGAUGACAAUCCAAAUCGGAAGCAAGCAAAGACUCAUAUAAAUCCGAAACAACAGGGACUUUGCAGCUUAUCAAGCUUGCUAGAAGAUUUUGAAUACCUGGAAGAAAAGAAUGCUUCCUUCAUGAGACAGUUCUACAGCCUCCAGCAGGUACUCCAGAAAAGGUCGACCUGUUAUAAUAUCGUCCUGGCCAGUUCUCGUCUUUCUAGGAUAGCUACAAGAGACUUGUCGUACUGGCUGUCGCACGAGGUUAGGAUCAACAUUCAGUCAAAGGCAACAUCAACACUGCAAAGCAAAGAGCCAGACUUUAUAUCAAUACUGGGCUGCGUGGGGUAUGCGUGCCAGCUUAUAUAUCAGGCGUUGAGCAAACUCUCUGGGAUGAAUAAUGGCUUCCGAGAUGUCGGACAUAUUAUAUAUCAGCAGGUCUGCCUGUUUGAGGCAGCCAUGAAAGUUUUACAAAAGCAAUGUAAAAUGACUGCACUUGAGAAAAAAAAGAAUGAUCCUCAAAUGCCCAGAAAGCAGACAAAACUUCAGCGUGCAAGGACGACCCGCACACGGCCUUCCACAUCUUCAGAGCACACCAAGGACGAGAUAGCAGCUGAAACUAGCCGACUUUUAGGUGGCAUGGUACUCUCGCUCAAUCUUUCUAUCAAGUCGCACAAUGAACUUUUAGAGGGGUUUUUAUAUAUUCUAAUCACUCGCGUCGGACAACUGCUAUCCCUGUUUGUGUUUCGAGACCUUCAACUCCAACCGAACCUGCAGGCUAGCCAGAGACAACUUCCUCUGCCACAUGGGCUACUAGAGACAGAUCUUGAUGAGGCCUCUUUCAAUGGUGCCCAGAAUGAAUCGAGGCUUCUGGUCUGGCUCCUCGAGAGGGCACUGGCAUUCCUUGACACCAACUCCCCUAAGCACACUCGAUCAACCAAACAAAGGACUCCACUAUCUAAGGUCAAAGACAGACUCUGCGCCACGCUGAUGGGAGCCGUCUUUGGUUCCAAAGACCCAAAUUUCGAAAAGUCACUGCUCCAUCCUCAGGUCCCAGAUAAUACAGAGCUCAACCGGUUGAUCUCCGUACAGGUGACCGAGGACAACGUUCCCAAAUGGUUUACGCAAGAAGUCUGGAGACUGGUGGGAUGGGAAGCACUCAUGGAGAAGCCAGCCAAAUAGAUGACUUCAUUCCCGAUUUCACAAGGCCAUCAGAAAGCACUAAUGGUUCGACUAUACUAUAUGGUUCGACUAUACUAUAUUUAUUUCCUCAAGCUGUCAAGUGAUAAUUCGAUAUAUGCUAGUUCAUGAUCUACUUUAGAUCCAAGAUCCGCACUGCGUUUCCUCCUAGGACUGCAGAGAUUGAAUCCGCAUCCCCGGCGAAGGAGGCGUUGAUUGCUUUAUAAUUUGUGGUUACACUGGGCCAGUCUUCGCCCUCUUUGUCGUCUAGUGGUGGGAAGAAAGGGUGAUCGGUUCCUAUAAUAAAAGCAAGUGAGCCGUUAAAAGAGAAUGCCAUUUAGUUAUA